AUAUAUAUAUGACUUCAUAAACUAAUCAGUGACAAUCGUGAAUUUUCAAAGCCUAAUCAAAGCAGCCCUUGGAUUGGAUCUUCGAAAUACAAUCAUUUUGGUGUGGGGAAUUGGAAAGACGAUGAAUGCUCCUCCUCAGUUAGAAGAUUUUAAGCAUCGGGUCGUGGUGGAUUCGAAAUACGCAGACAUGACUUGGAAGAACUUGGAACAUGCGAUUCACGAGAUAUACAAUCAUAAUACUAGUGGCCUUUGUAUGGAAGAUCUUUACAGGAAUGCUUACAAUAUGGUCCUGCACAAAUUUGGAGAGAAACUGUACUCUGGACUUGUGUUGACUAUGACAUCACAUCUAAAGGAAAUGGCAAAAUCAAUUGAGGCUGCACAAGAAGGUUUAUUUCUAGAAGAGCUAAACAGGAAAUGGGCAGACCACAACAAGGCAUUGCAAAUUAUCCGAGACAUGUUAAUGUACAUGGACAGAACUUUCAUCCCUAGUACGCACAAAACCCCAAUUCAUGAACUUGGUUUGAAUUUGUGGAGGGACAACAUUAUCCACAGUAGCAAAAUCCAACCAAGGCUUCAGGAUACACUCCUUGAGCUUGUGCAGAGAGAAAGGACCGGUGAAGUUAUAAACAGGGGUUUGAUGAGGAAUAUAAUGAAUAUGUUCAUGGAUUUAGGUGGUUCUGUUUACCAAGAAGAUUUUGAGAAACCUUUUCUUGAAGUCUCGGCUGAUUUCUAUCGUGGUGAGUCUCAACAGUUUAUUGAGUGCUGUGAUUGUGGAGAUUAUCUAAAGAAAGCUGAGAAAUGCCUGAAUGAAGAGAUUGAGCGAGUCUCCCACUAUUUGGAUGCAAAAAGUGAAGCCAAGGUCACUAAUGUGGUGGAGAAGGAGAUGAUCGAAAGUCAUAUGAAUAGAUUAGUCCAUUUGGAGAACUCGGGCUUGGUUAAUAUGAUCAUGGAUGACAAAUAUGAGGACCUGGAAAGGAUGUACAACUUGUUCCGAAGGGUGUCUAAUGGACUCUCGAUAAUUAGAGAUGUCAUCACUUCUUACAUUCGGGAUACAGGUAAGCAGCUAGUUACUGAUCCAGAAAGGUUAAAGAAUCCUGUAGACUUCGUGCAGCGGCUAUUGGAUGUCAAGGAUAAACAUGAUAGGAUUAUCAGUGUGGCAUUUUCCAAUGACAAGACAUUCCAGAAUGCUCUGAAUUCCUCAUUUCAAUAUUUUAUCAAUUUGAAUCCCCAGUCUCCGGAGUUCAUAUCUUUGUUUGUGGAUGAUAUGCUCCGGAAGGGACUGGAAAGGGUCAGUGAGGAGGACCUUGAGAUUGUACUGGACAAGGUGAUGAUGCUUUUCCGUUGCCUUCAAGAGAAGGACCAGUUCGAAAAGUAUUACAGGCAACAUUUGGCAAAGAGGCUUCAAUCUGUGAAAACCAUCUCUGACGAUGCAGAGAGGAGUCUGAUAGUUAAGCUCAAAACGGAAUGUGGGUAUCAGUUUACUUCAAAAUUGGAAGGUAUGUUCACUGACAUGAAGACAUCUCAGGAUACAAUGCAAGGGUUCUAUGCAAACAUGGGUACUGAGAUAGGAGACUAACCGACAUCUGCUGUCCAGGUUCACACUAUGGGCUCUUUGCCGACUCCAUCGGGUGCUACGUGCAACCUUCCAUCGGAAAGUAAAAUUAUAAUUAACAUACAAGAAGGCAAAUAAUACUAGGAUGACUCUUUCUCUUGCCAUAUUUUUGUAGUUUUAAGUAGUAUUUACCCUUGUAUUAUUGGCACACAUCAUACUGGAGUAUGACUUUAAAAUGUUUGAAUUGUAUUUAUGUUUUGAAAUGGUGGUUAUGUACCUUCGUCUGUUACUUGCUGUUCUAGUUGGAGAAGAAUUGGAUUUGACAUUCAGAUAUGCAA